AUGGCUACUACAGACAAUGAACAUCUGGUGCAGUCUGAAGACCCGGACCACCCAGCAAAUCUAAUUCCUAGACUAUGCAGACAGUUCUACACCCUCGGUUGGGUCACUGGAACAGGGGGCGGCACGAGCAUCCGCAAGGAUGAACACAUCUACAUUGCUCCCUCGGGUGUCCAGAAAGAGCUGAUCAAGUCGGAGAACAUGUUCGUCCUUUCCUGGCCCACGCCCAAGUAUCCGCCCGAGGCACGGAAGUACAUUCGCAAGCCUCAGGAUCUGAAGCCAUCCGCCUGCACGCCGUUGUUCCUGGCAGCUUUUGAGCGAGGCGCCCUCUGCUCCAUACACACCCAUUCUCAAUGGGCUGUGCUGGUGACAUUACUCGUCGAGAAGCUUCACGGGAAGGAUGCCUGCUUCGAGAUCAGUAAUAUCGAGCAGAUCAAAGGCAUUCCCAAGGGCCCAGGCAAGGGAAUGUUGGGAUUUCACGAUACCCUUCGCAUUCCUAUCAUUGAGAAUACCCCUUUCGAGGAGGAUCUGACAGAGUGGCUGGAAAAAGCCAUGGAGCAAUAUCCUGAUACUUAUGCAGUGCUCGUCAGGCGACAUGGGAUUUAUGUCUGGGGUGACACACCGGCCAAAGCCAAAACACAGUGCGAAAGCUUAGACUAUUUGUUCCAGCUUGCAGUCGAGAUGCACAGGCUUGGGUUGCCGUGGAUGUGA